GUGUUUGAUCAGCAAACUAUUGAGAUUAAGUUAGAUAACAUGAUGGAGAAGGAGGCCUGGCAGUGUUGGGUCAUUAUUUUACUACUACUGGGUCUACUUCUACUACUACUAAUAAAAAACUUUAUUUCUAUUGUGCUUUUCAGAACUCUGCCUCACAUGAAACACCAUUAAAAAGCAACAAUAACACUUUAAAAUAUGACAAUAAAACCUUAGAAAGAGAAACAUUUACACCACUAGGAUAGACAUACAAUUACUAAAGGUGUGUGGGUUUCUUUUAAACUUAGUAAAACACUAAAUAGGUACGACUCAUGUGUUUAUGUAGAAAAAGGUGCAAUGAAUUCCAACAACUUCACAUACUGUUAGGUGUUCAAAAGUACUUUUAAAAGGGUGUGAUGUUAACAUAAAAUCCUGAUCUUAAAAGCUCCUCUAAGAUGCCAAAUACAUGCAGCGGUACAAUAUGUCCAUAUGUUGGGAUGUAAUGGAGUAAAAGUAUCACAAAACUGUGCAAUAUUUCCAACAAAUAUCACAUCAUAAUUGCAUAAACGCUACAUGUGUUUUGUAAUAAUAUAUUUUUUUAAUUUGCCAUGUCCAUAGAUAAACUGCAUGUUGCGCUUUUGCCCACUAGGGGGAGUGCUCGCCCUUUUGUUGCGCCUCCAUCAGAAACUAUCAAAACUUUAAACUGGCCUAAAACAACAAAAUCUAACAAUAAAAUGGACCUGCACACCUACAUACAUAACCUAACAGUGUUUAUCUUGUGGUGUCUAUGUGUGAAGUCAGUUUUAUCUGUCACCGGCGGAUCAGCGGCUCUGCGGGGUCCUGCUGGUGUCAGUGCGCCUCCUGGCUGACGCUCCGCUCCUCUGGUCCAAACUUUCCCGUUUCUCCUUCACUGAGUCGCAACUGUUGCACAGAUUAGUCAUUCAGCUCACCGGGCAGCCUGACCCGCAGUCUCUCCUCUCCUCAAUCAUGACUCCAUCUGAUCUACAGGUUUCUCUCAGUGACUCUGCUUCUUCUGGAUUGGAUUGUUUUCUGUCGCACAUGUGAGGUGGUUUUCGGGAAGUAAUGGAAUUAAUUUCUCUCCGGAGUCGCUCUUUGAGGAUCAACUUGACGGAUGAGAAGCGGGACGCCUUCAGACACCGCGCUGCUCAUCAGAACCGUGGGAUGAAACGUUGCCUACAACGGGGAAUACAAAUAACCGGAAGGCUCUUUAAGACGGCGACUGGAGACUUGUGAGAUUGGCAGAACCUAUUAAGAAGCAGUCUGUAAAAGCAUAUCCAGGCCCGGCUACAUCCAAGAAUGAGGAUCAAAUACACGCUAUCCGUCGUCUUUUUUGUGGCACUUGUUAUCAUCGAGAAAGAAAACAACAUUAUCUCAAGGGUGUCGGAUAAGCUAACCUUAAAGCAGACCCCCCAGACCCCGCUACAGCCCAGUGGUGUCUCCCAAAUACUGCAGAAGCACAAUGGUUCCUUCCCCUCGCUCGGCAAGAUGGACUUCAUGCUUAUGAAGCGGCGCCUGGAGAAAUACAGCGAGCACCAGGAGGUGACGACGAAGGGCAGGAAGCACAUCCUCCUGUUAGCCACCACCAGGACGGGCUCCUCGUUUGUGGGCGAGUUUUUCAACCAGCAGGGCGACAACAUGUUCUACCUGUUCGAGCCGCUGUGGCACGUAGAAAAGAUGCUGACGCUGGAGACGGGAGGCACUAAUGCCACAGCGGCAGCCAAGGCGUACCGUGAUGUUCUCCAGCAGCUCUUCCUGUGCGACUUCACCUUCCUGGAAAGCUUCCUCGACCCCCUCCCUGUGGACCACAUCACCACAGCCCUCUUCCGCAGGGAGUCCAGCAGCUCCCUGUGCGAGGAGUCUGUCUGCAGCCCCGUCAUCAAAGGGGUCUUUGAACGAUACCACUGCAGGACCAGACGCUGCGGGCCCCUGAACCUGACCAUGGCGUCCCAGUCGUGCCUCCAGAAGGAGCACAGGGCCAUCAAGUCGGUGAGGGUGCGGCAGCUUGAGACACUCCGUCCUCUGGCUGAGGACCCACGGCUCGACGUCAAAUUCAUUCAGCUGGUUCGGGAUCCUCGGGCUGUGCUGGCCUCACGCAUGGUGGCCUUUGCAGCCAAAUACAAGAACUGGAAGGACUGGGCCAUGGGUGGGGACGUGCCCAUUGACGAUGACGAGGUGAGGAAGCUGAAAGGGAACUGCGACAACAUCAGGAUGUCUGCCGAGGUGGGCCUCAGACAGCCGCCGUGGCUUCGCAGGCGCUACAUGCUGGUGCGGUACGAGGACAUUGCUCGGUUCCCCAUGAGGAAGGCAACGGAGAUGUACAGGUUCACCGGGAUCCCGUUCACGCCGCAAGUGAAAUCCUGGAUUCUGAAGAACACCCAGGCCUCGAAGGAGACCAGCGGCGUUUACUCGACGCAGAAAAACUCCUCAGAGCAAGUAGAGAAAUGGAGGUUCAGUUUACCGUUCAAGAUAGCCCAAGUUGUUCAGAGAGUGUGUGGGCCAACGCUGAGGCUGUUUGGGUACAAAUUUGUGAGCAGCGAAGAGAUGCUGACAGAUAAGUCUGUUAGUCUGAUUGAAGAUAAAGUGUUCAACUUUCUAUAGACUUCAACAGACCUAAACCCUGAUGCAGGAAACGCCAACCUUUUUAGAAACUCUGCAAUGAAUUGUAUUUAUUGGGAUCUUUUAUCCUGAUACAGAGCUAUAUAUUUUGUGCUAUUUAAAGUUUUUUUACUAUUUAAAAUAGUUUGAUGAAGAAAAUUGAUUGUUGAGCAGAAUAUAUAUAUAUAUAUAUGAGACUUUUAUCGGUUGAAGCAAAAAGUGUUUGGCAUUAUAAGGAACCUUGAAAUGCGGGAAUAGCACGGUAAUAACAGGAACAUAUCUUUGUUUUUUUUGCACUCCUCACUAUUUUCUCUGUCCAAUGCAAACAGUGACAUUGGCUUGUCCCGAGAGUCUGUCCCAAAUAUAAUUCCUGAGCAAAUAUAGGAAAGUCCGAGGGGAGAUUGCUGUGGGUUUGUGAACAAUAAUGAGCUGUCUCAAACACUUCCAGGAACCUCCAUUAGCUAUUUUUGUCCUGCAACUCCUGCGUUAGCAACAUAAGCUGCUUUUUGUACCAAAAUACUCGCAAAAAAUGACUUGCUUUGUACAGAAGAGAGGAAAUACCAGUGUCUUGCCAGGCAAUGUCGUUUCCAUGAGAUUUACAAGUACUGCAUAUGCUAAUUUAUUUGUCUUUACUUUGCUAAAGGUCAUCAUGACUCCAGGCCUGAAUGUGCUCCACAGGUUCUUUCCCGCUCUGCAGGGAUAUGUUUUUGUUUUUUUGCACACCUAUAUUGUAGUUUAUUGUACAUACAUGUUUGUAAUUGGACCAAAAGUUGUUUGAAGUUGUCUUCAGGACUGUAAGGACCCAUCAUGUAAAACAGAUGUUUACACUGCUACUGUAUGCUAACAUUCCAACUGCAGCUGGUUUGCAGGAUCGUGCGAGGUUUGUCGGCAGGUCUCUGUCUGUUGACACAAGUCUCUUGGCUGGUGAUAAUAAGAGGCCCUGAUACUCUAGCCUGCCAGACUGUUUGCUGAUGUUGAGUCUGUUCUUUCUGAAUUUUGUUUGUUGCAAUAAAACCUUCUUUUACAUUAAC